CGUUCUUGACCUCAAGAAGUUUUAUUAGAAUUAGAUAGAUUUGUUCUUUAGAUCUCUCUUUCUAGAUAUCUAGACUAGAGUCUACAUUGCUGUAUCUAGAUCUAUAUUAUUUAUCGAAUGUUCAAGUUUGUAUACAGUGACAGUCUGAUUUAAGAUAUAGACUCUAGUACUAAGUCUAAGCUUCUUGAAAAGACUCAGAUCUACUGAUUUUGUAAAAAAAAAAUCAUAUCACAAUGCAAAGUAUUCGUUGUCACUCAUGGAAACAGAUUUUGAAUGUUUUGAUCACUACAAGAUCAUAUGCAUCUAAGUCAGGUUUAAAAGAAGUCGUUAUUGUCAGUGCAGUUCGUACGCCUAUUGGCUCAUUUUUAGGCUCUCUCUCAGCAGUUCCUGCUACAAAAUUGGGAUCAGUAGCUAUCAGUGCAGCAGUAAAGAAAGCAGGUAUUGCUCCUGAUGCUGUCAAUGAGGUAUAUAUGGGAAAUGUUCUUCAGGGCAGGCAAGGUCAGGCCCCAAGUCGCCAAGCCACACUUGGUGCAGGUCUUCCAAUCAGCACACCAACAACAACUAUCAACAAAGUUUGUGCUUCUGGUAUGAAAGCCAUCAUGCUAGCUUCUCAAAGUUUGAUGUGUGGGCAUCAGGAAGUCAUGGUUGCAGGAGGAAUGGAGAGUAUGUCCAAUGUACCUUUUUAUCUCAAGAGAGGCACAUUGCCUUAUGGAGGCAUUAAGCUAGAGGAUGGCAUUGUGUUUGAUGGUCUGACAGAUGCUUACAACCAAUUUCACAUGGGAAACUGUGCUGAAAAUACAGCCAAAAAAUUUAAUAUUAGCAGAGCAGCUCAAGAUGAAUUUGCUGUCAGAAGUUAUUCAUUAAGUCAGAAGUCAGCAGCUGAUGGAGUUUUCAAAUCAGAAAUAGUGGAAGUGGAGGUGCCACAAAAGAAAGGAAAUCCCAUUAAAGUUUUUGAUGAUGAAGAAUACAAAAAAACAGAUUUCAGCAAAUUUCAGACUUUAAAACCUGUUUUUCAGAAGGAAAAUGGUACUGUCACAGCUGCCAAUGCCAGUACACUAAACGAUGGAGCAGCUGCCUUAGUUCUCAUGACUUCAGAAGCUGCCAGUAAAUAUGGUGUGAAGCCUUUGGCAAAAAUAGUGUCUUUUGCUGAUGCUGCAAUAGACCCUAUUGAUUUCCCCACUGCGCCAGCCUUUGCAGUUCCUAAGGUACUUCAACAAGCAGGUCUUAAAGUAGAAGAUGUUGCACUGUGGGAAAUCAAUGAAGCUUUUAGUGUUGUAGUGCUGGCCAAUGUUGACAUUCUGAAACUAGAUAUUAAUAAAGUCAAUGUCCAUGGAGGAGCUGUCAGCAUUGGGCAUCCUAUUGGUAUGUCUGGUGCACGUAUCACUGGUCACUUAGUUCACACUUUAAAGCAAGGACAGUUUGGUUGUGCUAGUAUUUGCAAUGGUGGAGGAGGGGCAUCAGCCAUUUUGAUUCAAAAAUUGUAACAUCUGUUGUGCGAAACAAACAUUGAUUAAUUAAAAACAAACCAAAAAAUGAUAUGUUGCUAUGAAUCUAUGACAGUGUGAAAUUGAGAAUAGAUGAGUCUUAUAAGAAUAUCUGAAGUUUAAGAUAAUAAUUAAAAAGGAAAAACAAAUCUUUUUUGUCAUUUUGUGUACAUAGUCAAUUUUAUGAAAUGCUUGUAGCAAUUAUUCUUAUAUAUAAAUGUUUUUUAAAAUUUGGUUGAUUGUUAUUUUGCCAUACUGAGUGAUUACUAUAUAUCUAGGAGUAUUUUUGACCAUUUACUUUUUGAAUGACAUACUUUUUCAAUACUAUGAUGUUAUUGGAAUUAAAAUAUUUAUUUUUGUGAAUCA